UUAUUGGAUGCUGAUUUUCUUUUCAACGACGAUAUAGAUAGCUUAUGAUUAUAAUGAUAAUACAACUUGGGUACUAAGAUGGGAUUUUGUGUGUUUUUUCUAUUAAUUUAACAAGUCUAACAUUUUAAAUGGAGAUAGGACAAAAGUGACCAUUUAAUUGCAAAGUUUCAAAGGCAUAUUAUUAUUUUGGGAAGAAUAAAAUUUAUCCAACCAUUUUGUACAAAUGCCAAAACCAAUGUUACCAUGUUGGAUAACUAUCAUACAUUUGUGACUACCUCUAAGAAAACCCUCAAACCUUGUAGCUACCUCUAAAAAUCCCCCAAACCUAAUGCCCACCUCCAAAAAUCAACCCUAGUCACGAAAAUUAGAAGCAAUUAUAUUAAGAUUGCAUGAAAAACUCUAAUGCUACUAUCUCAACUAGUUGCUUUAAUCCCAAAAAUAAAAAUCCCCAACAGAAAGAAGGUCCUUCUGCUCUUAUAUAUCCUCCCCCCAUUCUUCCUUCCCUAGUUAACAACAGCAUCAUCCUUCUGAUUUUGUCCAAACUUUCCUCUUCACACCUACUUCACGUGUCACCCUUCAUUUCUCUCCUUCUGUAAAGCCACUCACCCUUCCCAAGAGCACUAACAUUAGCCUGGCAGAAAGAUAGAAACUUUCAUCCAUUUCCAUUACCAAGAACCACAGAUUCAGCAGCUAUAACUCCCCCAAAACAAAGCCAUGGCUGCCUGUGGGAGUCUCCAACACAUCUUUGACAAACCAUUGCCUGAAAAGACUCCAUCAUCAUCUAUCCUUGAUUCCCUUUCUUCUUCCUGGAACCAACUCAAGCCUGUGGUCAAACCUCCAAUUGACCAUUCCUCCUUCACCGAGCUAUUCGGUGAGCUUCAUUUCAAGGACACCUCUUUCUCAGGCAACCUGAAGAAUCCCUACCCUCUAUCAGGUUCGAAGCUCGGCGGCAGCUUGCAGCUGUGCACGGAAGGGCUCGGUUCUGAGAGCUCUGCUGAUCUUGAGGACCUGAACAACAAUGAUAUAUCGUCGAAGACAGGAUGGCAACAUCAAGAAAAAGAAGAAGCGAUUGAGAAGAGAACAACAACACCACCAACAACAAGAGCCAUCAUAGCAAAGCAUUCUUCAGAAUUGGAGAAUCAAAGUAGAGGUGGGGAAGACAGGAGAUCGUCGAGGUCUUUUGGUGAUAGAGGGGUUUCUUUCCCGCCACCCAUUUCCUGCAUAGGAAAGACAGGCAAGCCUUGGGUUUGCUUCAAGUCUUACAGGGAGGAUGGCAGGUUUGUUCUGAAAGAAGUAAGGAUCCCUACUCAGGAGCUUCUACAUGCUUGCAGAGAAGAUGGGAGGUUAAAGCUGCAAUUUGUCCAGCCUGACAAUGAAAUCAUUGAAGAAGUGGAAGAUGAAGAGGAGGAAGAUGAUAGUUUUGUGGAGCAUGAUGGUGGAGAUGGGAAUGAUGAUGAUGAAUGCAUGGAUGUUGACAAUGCCAAGCAAUGAUGGAUGAAGGGCAUAUACAAAGAAAAGAAAGCAGCCUGCUUCAGGUUGGGAAAUCAACCUUCUUGGCUUGCCCUGCUGGAAAAAGUCAACAGAGAUCCUGUGUUUACUUGCCAAUUCAACAUGGCUAGACACAGAAAAAAGCAGCUCCAAUGUUUAUUGUUUAGGCUAAAUCUUCCCUUCCAUUCUCAUUUUUCUUUUUGCCCCUUUCACCUACCUAGAUCCUAUGUUACUUCAUGCACUCAAAGAAAAUGUGUAAAGAACAAGCAUGCAAGUGUACUGUGCCUAUGUAAGCAUCAGGAAACUUCGAUAUGACCUCCAGGGAGUCCAAAAUCUACAGUACAUGGCAGUACAAUCGAUGGAAGAGGUAAAAAAAACAUGUCAAAACAAGACAAGUCACCUUAAAUGGAAGAAGUUUGAAGUAUCAACAUCUGCUUCCAUAUCAAUCGCCUAAAAAAGAAGUGGGCAACAAGUUCAUGGUCCAGACUUCACCACGUCUCAAUCCCUCCUACUAAAACAUGAACCCUAAAUGUCAUUUUACUGCAGUUCUUUGGCACAGAGUACCUUAAGUACUAACGAAAAUCAUACUUCAAAAUUUGUCAUCAGAGUCAAAACUGAUAAAUUAGGCAUUAGAUGAUGCAAAAAGUAGCCCAGAAAAUAUCAGCCGAUCUUUUGGGUCAAACAAAGGCAACCAAGGCCAGACUAGUAGUAUAUGAUCAAACACGUGUUUUGCCAACCAGAGAACUGCACGUGUAAGCAAGACACCUCAUAUUGCUUCAAAACAUGUGAUGCUACCAACUAGUAUGUAUAGUUGUCAAUUUGAGAGUAGAAUUGUGGUCAGGUUUCACUUGUAUUCAUCACCUAACAUUAAGCUGGGAGAAGAAAAAAUUGCAACUCUGAGGUCAAUACUUGAGGAAAAGGCCUAGUGAGGCUCAUAGAAGCAGCACUGUGCUAAGUCAGAAUGAGGCUUGGCAUUCUCUAAUUCAAUUAUCUAAAAUAUAAUCAAAUGAUUAUGACAAUGAUUGCCAUGCAGCUAAGAGGAUUGGAGAAAGCAAAUAUGGAAGAUGCCAUAUCUCUGGUGAUAAAACAUUUUGGCUCCAUAAACAUCAAUUCCUGUCAGAGAAAAAAGUUAUGUGCAGCGACAUUUGAAAGAGAAAAGACAGUUUCUGGAAACUGAAGAUAUUCCCAGAGGAGCUAAAGUAUCCAUCUAACCUAUAACCAGACACAUGGCAAGACAUUGAUCCCACAUCUAAACCAAUUGUAGCUAUCACCUUAAAAGCUACCAUCAUUAGGAAAUUUGCUCGCCACUGAGGAGAACCAAGUAAAAGAGAUGAAUGGAGUGGAUAAGAAGAAAAUAUUACCUGGACGAUGUUGCUUCACUUUGGCUUUAUGCUAAUACAUAAUACAGUGGACAGAGUAAUCUCCCAGCAAGGGCUAACCUACUGGGUGGUUGUGGACCAGAAAACAUAACACAAGAAACUCAUGUUCCUACCUUCUGAAACAGUGAAACCAUGCAGAUAUCAAUGGAACUAGGAAUUUUUUUAUUUAUUAUAGAUGGUCUACAGCAAACCAUAGAAUAGAUUUGGGGCUCAUAU